AUGGCCGCAGACGGCAGCAGCUCCACCUGCCCCGGUUGGACCGCUCCCCUGGGAGGCGGCAGGGUCAUAGAUGCAUAUUUGUAUCUUCUCCUUGAGAAGAGCAAGGUUGUCAGGUCAGACCACAGAAAUAUUGUCGUGAUAGACCCCAAGGGCCGGGAAAACGCUUAUGAAAGAAGACUUCUGCGAAACUGGAGAAACUUUCUGAAAACAAAAAAGGCCAGCCAGAGGGAAUGGAGAGUAAGCUGUCUGCCACAUUUAAAUCACAAGGAUUCCAGCAGUUUCUGGGUCUUGAUUUUGAAAGUGGAAGACUACUGCGUCUCCUGCAACAUGCUGGACCAUGAUGGGAACCAGAAAGUCACUUAUAUGAUACAGUGUGACUUCUGUCCAAGAUCUGUCAAAUGA